AUGGGCUGCGGCAGCUGGAGCUGGGGCUGCGGAGUUGGCAUGAUGGGCUGGGGUGGAUAUGGUAUGGGUAUGCUCGGUUACGGUGGUUAUGGAUAUGGAGCGCCUUUCGGUCUCGGUGGAUACGGCGAUUUGUACGCACUUGAGGCCCAAAGCGAAUUGCUUGGUGGGCUGCCCGGAAUCGACGCUUAUGCUGGACUGGGAUAUGGUGGCUUCGGUUACGGCGGUGGUUAUGGCUACGGUAUCACUCCUCUUCUGGGUUAG